CGGGAAAGGACGCACCGCUGGGGAUCGCGGAGAGAAUAUGGGGAAGGACCAGGAGCUGCUAGAAGCUGCUCGCACUGGAAAUGUGGCUCUGGUGGAGAAACUCCUGUCUGGCAGGAAAGGAGGGAUCCUGGGCGGUGGAUCCGGACCCCUGCCCCUGUCUAAUUUGCUAAGCAUCUGGAGAGGCCCCAAUGUGAACUGCACAGACAGUUCGGGUUACACUGCUUUACACCAUGCAGCCUUAAAUGGACAUAAGGACAUAGUUCUUAAACUACUUCAAUAUGAGGCUUCAACAAAUGUAGCAGACAACAAAGGUUAUUUUCCUAUUCACCUGGCAGCCUGGAAAGGUGAUGUUGAAAUUGUGAAGAUUCUUAUUCAUCAUGGACCAUCACAUUCCAGAGUCAAUGAACAGAACAAUGAGAAUGAAACUGCCCUGCAUUGUGCUGCUCAGUAUGGGCACUCAGAGGUGGUGGCUGUUCUCCUGGAAGAGCUCACUGACCCAACCAUCAGGAACAGCAAGCUCGAAACACCGCUUGACCUGGCAGCGCUUUAUGGGCGCCUUCGAGUGGUCAAAAUGAUCAUCAGCGCUCACCCCAGCCUUAUGAGUUGCAACACCCGCAAGCAUACCCCUCUCCACCUGGCCGCGCGGAAUGGGCACAAAGCUGUGGUUCAGGUGCUAUUGGAAGCAGGAAUGGAUGUGAGCUGUCAGACAGAAAAAGGGAGCGCCCUUCAUGAAGCAGCUCUAUUUGGAAAGGUGGAUGUUGUGAGGGUUCUAUUAGAAACAGGAAUUGAUGCCAACAUAACGGAUAGCUUAGGUAGAACAGUCUUGGACAUUUUGAAAGAACAUCCAUCUCAGAAAUCUCUCCAGAUUGCAACACUCUUACAAGAACAUUUAGAAGGCAUGGGAAGAGCCACUGUUCUUGAAGAGCCUAUCCAGGAAGAUGCAGCACCAGAGACGCUGGUUUCAUCUCCCGUUGAAUCACCUUCCCAAAAUGUCAAAAGUGAAACUGUGACUGGGGAACUAUCGAAACUAUUGGAUGAAAUAAAGCUCUGCCAAGAAAAAGAUUUUUCUUUCGAAGAUUUGUGCCAUACAAUAUCAGACCACUACUUAGAUAAUUUGAGCAAGAUGUCAGAGGAAGAACUUGGGAAAAAUGGAAGCCAGAGUGUAAGAACUUCAUCUACAAUAAAUUUGUCACCAGGAGAAGUGGAAGAAGAAGAUGAUGAAAACUCUUGUGGGCCUUCAGGACUCUGGGAAGCCUUAACUCCUUGUAAUGGAUGUAGAAACCUGGGUUUUCCCAUUCUUGCACAGGAGUCCUAUCCAAAGAAGAGGACGUACACUAUGGAAAUUGUACCAUCUGCUUCUCUGGAUACAUUUCCUUCAGAAAAUGAGAAUUUUCUAGGUGAACUCAUGGACAUAGCAGUUACAAAGAAACCAUGUUCCUUAGAAAUUGCAAGGGCCCCCUCACCAAGAACAGAUAACACCUGUGAGGUAGCAAAUACUGCUCCAGGAAUUAGUAACCAUAGAAACAGUUCAACAGGCCCAACACCUGACUGCUCACCUCCAUCCCCGGACACUGCCCUCAAAAAUAUUGUAAAGGUAAUUCGACCCCAGCCUAAACAACGAACAUCUAUUGUAUCUUCUUUGGAUUUUCAUCGAAUGAAUCACAACCAAGAAUAUUUUGAAAUCAGUACAUCUCCAGGAUAUAUAAGCUUUCCUUCCAGCCCUCCUGUCAGCCCACCCACCUCUUCUACAGAAAUCACAGAAGUCAAGAAAGAUGAACUUGGCCAUACAGAUGACAUUUCUCAACGAGAGGACAAUGAUCUGCCCAGUGAAUAUGAUCCAGGGCAAUUUGCAGGCCUUCUGCAUGGAUCUUCUCCAGCUUGUGAAUUCCCUGAAAACCCAUUUCAUCUCUAUGGAAAAGAAGAACAUGGAGAGGGACAAGAAAAAAUUAUCUUGGCUAAUAGUCCUUUACCUUUCAAGCAAUCUCCAGUAGAAAAUAAUUCAGAACCUUUAGUAAAGAAAAUUAAACCCAAAGUUGUCAGUAGAACAAUUUUUCACAAAAAAAGCAACCAGCUUGAAAACCAUACCUUUAUUGGCUCCAGAACAAGUAGGAGUGGGUCCCAUGAUGGGGACCAAUGGAUGAUGAACACGGGGGUAUUUGUGGAGAGAGCCUGUACCCUUGGAAGAAUAAGGUCGCUACCAAAAGCCCUAAUUGACAUGCAUUUAUCCAAAAAUGUCUCCAAAUCAGAUUCUGAUCUCAUUGCCUACCCUUCAAGUGAGAAAGCAUCAAGAGUUAACUGGAGUGAAUCUUCAACUGUGGAAUACAGUUCUAAAGGGAAUUCUGAAAGAACACCAUCUUUCACUUCUGAGUGGGAAGAGAUUGAUAAAAUAAUGAACUCCAUAGAUGUUGGAAUUAACAGUGAACUUCAGGAAAUGAAUGGUGAGACAAGACCCAGAUGCCCUGUUCAAACAGUGGGACAAUGGUUGGAAAGCAUUGGGCUACCUCAGUACGAGAACCACCUGAUGGCUAAUGGAUUUGACAAUGUGCAGUUUAUGGGAAGCAAUGUUAUGGAAGAUCAGGAUUUGUUGGAAAUUGGGAUUCUUAAUUCUGGGCAUAGACAAAGAAUUCUACAAGCAAUCCAGCUCCUUCCAAAGAUGAGACCUGUCGGCCACGAUGGCUACCAUCCCACUUCUGUUGCUGAAUGGCUGGAUUCCAUUGAACUAGGUGACUACACCAAAGCCUUUCUUAUUAAUGGCUACACAUCAAUGGACCUGUUGAAAAAAAUCUGGGAGGUUGAACUUAUCAAUGUUCUAAAAAUCAGUUUGAUUGGCCACAGGAAACGUAUUUUGGCAUCUCUGGGAGACAGGCUACACGAGGACCCUCCCCAGAAGCCCCCACGCUCCAUCACCCUCAGGGAACCCAGUGGUAAUCACACUCCUCCUCAGUUGUCUCCAUCACUUAGCCAAAGCACUUACACCACUGGUGGCUCCCUAGACGUUCCUCACAUUAUCAUGCAGGGCGAUGCAAGGAGAAGACGAAAUGAAAACUACUUUGAUGAUAUUCCCCGAUCAAAACUGGAGAGGCAAAUGGCUCAGUCCUCUGUCUGUGAGAUAUGGACGAAUCAGAACGCUGGAUUUCCUUUCUCAGCCAUUCAUCAGGUUCAUAAUACAGGAGACUGGGGAGAACCUUCUAUCACUUUGCGACCCCCAAAUGAAGCAACCGCCUCCACUCCAGUGCAGUACUGGCAGCAUCACCCAGAAAAGCUCAUCUUCCAGUCUUGUGAUUACAAAGCUUUUUAUUUAGGUUCUAUGCUGAUAAAAGAGCUCAGGGGGACAGAAUCAACCCAAGAUGCCUGUGCGAAAAUGCGGGCUAACUGUCAGAAGUCUACAGAGCAAAUGAAGAAGGUCCCUACAAUUAUUCUUUCAGUCUCUUAUAAAGGAGUUAAAUUUAUUGAUGCAACAAAUAAGAAUAUAAUUGCCGAGCAUGAAAUUCGCAAUAUCUCCUGUGCUGCCCAGGACCCAGAAGAUCUCUCCACAUUUGCUUAUAUCACAAAAGAUUUGAAGUCCAAUCACCAUUACUGUCAUGUGUUUACUGCCUUCGAUGUGAACUUAGCAUAUGAAAUCAUCCUAACGCUGGGCCAGGCCUUCGAAGUCGCUUACCAGCUGGCCCUCCAAGCCAGGAAGGGGGGGCAUUCCUCCACGCUCCCCGAAAGCUUUGAAAACAAACCCUCCAAGCCCAUCCCCAAGCCUCGCGUUAGCAUCCGCAAGUCCGUGAUCGACCCAUCUGAGCAAAAGACUCUGGCCAACCUGCCGUGGAUUGUGGAGCCGGGGCAAGACAAUAAGAGGGGCAUUAAUACCAAGUAUGAAACCACGAUUUUCUGAUCCUCGCCGGCCCGUCUUCGUGGUGCCUUGCACGCCCACAGUCCUGGGCAGGCUUUCCUGGGUGCCUCCGCUCCCGCUGGCCCAGGAGGGACCCUGCUCUCUGUUGGGGUGGCCUUCUCACAGUCCACAGGCCGCCAACCGCUCCUGGGAAGUUCUUGCUCCCCUUCCCCGCCCCCUCCCCACGGCAAGAAGCAUCACCCCUGUGGGACACGAGGUGAUGUUUGUUUUAUUUUAUUUUUUAUGGACUCUCCCAGCCUCCUCUCCUUGCCACUAUCCCCAAGGUCUAGCUAACGACUCUGCCCCAGUACCACUCACUCCACUGUAUUUGGGGUACCUUUAAAAAUAACAACACUAAAGUGCAGGGGAUCUCUAAUACUGCCUAGAAGUCUAAAAGCAAUCUUGGGUUUAUUUUUUUCACUGUCCGCAGUUUUAAAGGUAGAUUCAGAACAGAACUACCCCCACAAAGCUGUAAAAUCAUCCUCUUGCUGAGUAUGAUUCCAUGCAAAAGGACAGAGAAUUAAAACACAGUCCUAACCCUGUGGUAGCCAGGCAAUCCUGCCUCCCAAUUUCUAUAUUUGUGGAUUUUAUAUGUCAUCAGUUAACCUUUACAGAUAGGGAUUGACUCAAAAGUGGAGAAUGAUUUAAAACAAUUUAUUAUAUGCACAGAAAAAAAUUGUCUUGUACUAAACAUUUUUCUUAAAAAGUUUCAUUCAUGCAUUGAUAGGCAAAGUAAGUUCAUUGUGAAGGUUGUUUAUGGUUUCAUUUCAAAUAACUAAAUUUUUACUAUCAAGAGGACUGGCUUUGCCAUGGAGCGCUUGCACUGGAUUCUGGGGCUCAGCCCAGUGCUGGGUUCUGGGGCUCAGCCCCCACCUAACUCGGGCAAACCAAGUGCUGAGGGGCCCAGGCCGCCAAGAUUGGUGGUUUAAUCUUCACAGCAUUUUAAAGAACAUGUUAAAAAAUAAAUAAAUUUAGGGCUUCUUGCUGUCAAGAUUUCUGCCAUGGAAACCUUGUUUGAGAAAGAUGUUCAUAAAACUAUUGUAAAAACUUUUGUAGAAAAAAUAAAUAUAAAAAAGAUGAAAUUCCAAAGUAAUAAAAUUUUCUUGAAACAAACACAAAUACAUAAAUGUUUGCUUACUAUUUGAUUACAUAAAAUUUACAUUUCUUUAAGGUAUUUUAAUUUUUUAAUGUCUCUGUGGAGUAUUUGUAUGAUACCAUAAUGUAUAUUUAUGUAGAAUCAAAUUAUAUAAACAGUACCAAUAUCAUUAUAGAGAAAAAUUAACAUUUUAAUGUAUAUUGUGAAUCAUUUUGAAGUUCAUUAUAACUAUAUUGAUAAAUUGUGGGAUUGUCUUAAUGUUUUUUUAAUUAACCAGUAUUAUUUUAAACCUAACUGGGGCGAUCAGUUACGUUCAUCAGUUGGUGAGUUUGGAAGGAUAACUAAAUUUUAUCUCAAACUGACAAAUGUAUAUGGAUUUAGUUCAGUGUUAAAGAAUUUUAAUACAAUAUUAAAUUACUUGAACUGAAUAGUUCCUUGUAUAUAUUUUGCCUAUUCACUGUUGAUAUGUAUGUAGUAAACUGAGAGUAAACACUACAAUAUGGUACCCAAAGGAAAUUGUAUAGGAGCAAAGUGAAAAGGAGCUUUGCUGAAACAGAAACAAAAUGUGUAAAUAUGCUUGGGCUUCCAGUUAUAAAUUUUGUAAUUUUUGUCAUUAUUUAUAUCCUAUUAAAAAAAGCACACAAAAUAAAACAUAAAUUGUACAGCCA